AUGGAAGGGAAUAUUGUUGUUACAGAUAACGCUGGACACUUUGUUUACGUUUUCGAUAAGGAAGGCAACUGUUUAAGGAAAAUUGGUGGCCUAGGCACAAACUCUGGACAAUUUCGGCACCCACAAGGCCUUUUUUUUUUCAGCAAGUAUGAGGUUCUAAUUGCAGACAACCAGAAUCAUAGAAUACAACACUUAAACAUCGAGACAGGAACUGUUGUGAAAACCUUUGGAAAACGUGGUGCAGGAAAAGGAGAGUUUCAGAAUCCAAUUGAUGUUUGUUUGGAUGAUGAAGGACGCAUUGUUGUAGCCGAGCUCAGCAAUAAUAGGAUACAGGUUAUAUCCAAAGAGGGAGAAACUCAUUCCAUGUUUGGAGACAGUGGUCCAGAGAAACUCAACCAUCCAGUUGGCUGCAUUCCUUUCAAAAACAUGAUUUUCGUUUCGGAUAGAGACAAUCACUGCGUUAAAGCUUUUGAUCAGUCAGGAACUUUUUUGUACAAGUUUGGGGAACUAGGGAAUCAAGACGGACAAUUUAAUCAGCCGUACCUCAUGCAUGUAGACAGUUCCAAUAAUCUUCUUGUAUGUGAUUACGGAAACUACCGAGUUCAGCAAUUUUCUUUAAACGGUCGCUUCACGGGCAAAAGUCACGCUGUUUUACGAACACCUGUUGGGAUAACAACAGCACCAGACGGAAGUAUUUUCGUGGCUAGUAAUACAGACAAGAAAGUCUAUAUAUUAAAGUAG